AUGGCUACCCCUAGUGUCCUAGCUUUUGACGCUGAGGGUCGCGCCAUUGAUUUUGAGGUCUGGUUAGACGACCUGCAGCUGUUCUUACAGUGCGACAGGGCUGACGACCUUUCUCUCUUUGACCUCACCUCUGGCGCCUCUCCUGCCCCUGCUGCUGAUGCUGAUCCCGCUGUCCGCUCUAAGUGGGCCACCCGCGAUGCUGCUGCACGUCUUGCUGUGCGUCGCCACCUCCCUACCCCUGAGCGUGCGCACUUUAGUCAGUACAAGAGUGCUCAGACCUUGUACGACGCUGUAGUUGCGCGCUACUCCUCCCCUGCCACUGCUGCACUGAGCCGUCUCAUGCUUCCCUACCUCUUUCCUGACCUCUCUGCCUUUCCCACUGUCGCUGACCUCAUUACGCACCUCCGCACUAGUGACACUCGCUACCGCGCCGCCCUUCCUGCUGAGUUCUGCGCUAAGAACCCCCCCCCCAUGUACAUCGCUCUCUACUACGUAGUCGCACGCCUCCCUGACUCCCUUCGCGUCGUCAGGGACCACUUUCUCGCAGUCUGUCCCACCACUCUCACCGUCGACCUCCUCGAGAAGGCCCUCCUUGCAGCGGAGAAGAGCAUAGUCGCUGUAGGUGCUUCUCGUGGUGACCCUCGCACCCCCAUCUUUGAGGGGUGCUCUCCUUCCCCCUUGCUGCCCUCUGUUGCCUCUGCUGCUGCUGCCGACCUGCUUGGUCUUGAGUCGGUCGGCGCGGCGUCUGCCCCUAGUGGGAGACGUCGCUCCAGCAAGGGCAAGGGGGGCAAGGGCGCGGGUGGAGCUGGAGGGGGCGGUGGCGGUGGCGGCGGUGGCGGCGGAGGGAGUGGGGGUGGCGGCGGGGCUAGUGGCGGGGGUGGUGGUGGUGGUGGCGGCAGCGGCGGCGGAGACGGUGGUGGUGGUGCCAGCGGUGGUGGUGGAGGCAGCGGCGGAGGUGGAGGCGGCGGAGGUGGAGGCAGUGGAGGCGGCAGCGGAGGAGGCAGUAGUGGUGGAGGAGGUGGAGCUGGUCGGGGUGGUACCCAGCAGCGUAGCGGCGGUGGUGGUGGCCAGCGCUCGCACCGGCAGCAGCAGCAGCGCUCGCGGGACAUCCCUUCGCCUCAGCAGCUUCGUGAGUGGUACGCUGGGCGUCAGAGGGGUGGGGGUACUGGUCCCUGCACCUACGUUCUUCGUUCCGGCGACCGCGCGGGUGAGCAGUGUGGGGGUGCCCACGCCACCCAGCGCUGCUUUGGCCGCCUGACGGACGCUUGGCGUCAGCAGUUCCCUGGGGCUAGUGAGAUCCCUCGCUGGGAUGAGCUUCUCAGGGCUGGUGUAGCGAUCUUUGAUCUUGAUUUUGAUGCUAUCCUUACUGCUAUGUAUGUUGUGGAUUAUAGUGAGGAGAAUGAGGGUUACCGGUGUUUUCAGCCCGACCCGGGCAUUGGUACUGCUGCACUAGGUGCUUGUGAGGCUGCUGCUCUAGGUGCCAGUGCGUCUGCGCUCUCAGGUACUGGUGAGACUGCGCUCUCAGGUACUGAGUCGUCCUCGUCCUCCCUCACUUUCACACUUGACUCCGGAGCUUCGCGCUCCUUCUUUCGAGACCGCACUACCCUUUCGCCGCUCGCCAGGCCGGUUGCGGUCUCCCUUGCUGACCCCUCUGGGGGUCCUGUCCUGUCUCACUUCUCCACUGUCCUCCCGUGUCCGGCUGCCCCUUCGGGCACCCUGUCGGGUCUGUACCUUCCCUCGUUCUCUACGAACUUGGUGAGUGGAGCGGACCUGCAGGAUGGGGGUGUUCACCAGUUCACUCCUGCGCGUCAGAGGGUGACCCACUGCACGGAGGCUCGCACAGGCCGACACCUGGCCACGUUCUCACGUCGGCCGGGGUCGAGUCUCUACACCCUGACCGUUGAGUCUCCUCCUGUCCCUGCGUCUGGUCAGGUGGCUGCGUCGAGUCAGGUACUUGCUACUGCGUCCCGGUCAGGUCCUGAGUCUGCCCCCUGUUCUUGUCGCCUCCUGUCUCACGAGACUCUCCUGUGGCACCACCGUCUUGGCCACCCCUCCUUGCCCCGUCUUCGGAGCAUGGCUUCCCGUGUCCUUGUCUCUGGUCUUCCCCAGUCUCUCCCUCCUCUCCCCUCCGGGCCAGGACCUUCCUGUGUCCCCUGUGUCGAGGGUCGCCUCCGGGCUACUCCUCACUCCUCCCACUUCCCCCCGACAGAGUCUCCCCUGCAGACGCUUCACAUGGAUGUGUGGGGCCCAGCCCCCGUCCGUGGGCAGGGGUACGAGCGCUACUUCCUGUUGGUGGUUGACGACUACUCGCGUUACACCACAGUCCUCCCCUUGCGCAGCAAGGGUGCAGUCACUGAGGUGCUGAUCGACUGGAUCCGCGAGGCUCGUCUCCAGCUCAGGAAGAGCUUCGGCUCGGACUUUCCUGUUCUGCGUCUGCACUCUGACAGAGGCGGAGAGUUCUCUUCUCGCCUUCUGCGAGACUACUGUCGUGCACGGGGGAUCCGCCAGACCUUCACGCUUCCGGACUCACCACAGCAAAAUGGGAUUGCUGAGCGCCGCAUUGGCAUGGUCAUGGAUGUCGCUCGUACGUCCAUGAUGCAUGCGGCUGCCCCCCAUUUUCUGUGGCCGUUUGCGGUGAGGUACGCGGCGCAUCAGCUCAACCUUCACCCCCGGGUCUCUCGGCCAGCGAUGUCCCCAGCCUUGCUGUGGACGGGGAAGGUUGGCGAUGCGUCUGUGUUCCGUGUCUGGGGAUCUCGGGCGUUUGUCCGCGACUUGUCUGCGGACAAGCUGUCCCCUCGUGCUGCUCCCUGUGUCUUCCUUGGCUUCCCCACUGACGCCCCAGGGUGGCAGUUUUACCACCCCUCCUCUCGUCGUGUUCUGUCCUCCCAGGACGUCACGUUCGACGAGUCAGUCCCCUUCUACCGUCUCUUCCCCUACCGCACUCCUUCCCUCCCCCCUCCCCCGGACUUCCUUGUGCCGGUUCCCCCCCCGGUAGACCCCCUCCCCCCUCAGGUUCCUGCCCCCUCAGGUGUGUCCCAGGUAGACGCCGUUGACCCGGUCGAGGUUACUGGUGACUCUGGUGCUGCUGCGGGUGCUGAGCCUGGGGGUGCUGACUCUGGGGGUGCUGUGCGCGGGGGUGCUGAGCCUGGGGGUGCUACUGCUGGGGGUGCUGGGCCUGAGGGUGCUACUGCGGAGGGUGCGGAGCCUGGGGCCUGGGGGUGCUGCGUCUGGAGCUGCUGA